AAGAGCCAUUGGUCAACCAAACACCCGCUUACACCUACCACCAGGCCAUUGUUGUCCGACGUGGCACCUCCAACCCUUUUCGGCUGCAACUUUCUCUCUCCUCUGUCCUUCCCUCUCUCUCUGUGGGUGCGAGUAUUCUCUCUCUUCUCGUUUGUUACCAAUGGUGAGCCCCUCCUUGUUUCUCACUCCUCCAGACGAUUUAUUCGAUGGGCCUCGCCAUUGCCAUUAAGUUUCUCUCUCCUCGCAUCUCUUUAUCUCUCCUCGGUUUCUUCGGAGCUUCGCUUCUCUAUAAAAACCAAUACCAAACCUUGGCAUUUCAGCACCUUUUGCUUGGAGUUUGAAGCCAAUAAUCUCCCAUCAUCACCGUGGUUUUCUGGUUUUCAGCUCAGGUCGGGGAAAUUUUGAAACUGUCCCUUUUUGUGUGGUCUCUUUCUCCAGAGAACCCAUUAGCAGGAUGGCUGUGGCUACAUUUCGCCCCAAUGUUGGUGCCCUUCGGUUCUCUGAGGGUUCAAGUUCCUCUCAUGGUGGUGCUGGUUUUUCAGCUUUUGCCCCGAAUAAAAUCAGCUUCAAAGUUGGUUUUAUGAGAAAAGAAGAUGGUUACUCCGGCCAGCGAAAAUCAAUUAUGGUCACCAUGAGUUCACAGACGCCAGUGAUCGAUCCUGUCUCUCAUUCAUCGCAGAAUUCUAGUGAUUCUAAGAAGAAAUCAAAUGAAACUGCUCUUAUUUUAAUUCGACAUGGGGAGUCCCUAUGGAAUGAGAAGAACCUGUUUACUGGUUGUGUUGAUGUUCCAUUGACUAAGAAGGGCGUGGAAGAGGCCAUUGAAGCUGGGAAAAGGAUUAGCAAUAUCCCAGUUGACAUGAUUUAUACCUCUGCCUUAAUUCGUGCACAGAUGACUGCAAUGCUUGCCAUGACCCAGCAUCGCCGCAAGAAGGUGCCCAUCAUCAUACACAAUGAGAGUGAGCAAGCCAAGACUUGGAGUCAGAUUUUUAGUGAGGACACCAAGAAGCAAUCUAUUCCUGUGAUAGCAGCCUGGCAAUUGAACGAACGAAUGUAUGGGGAAUUACAAGGUCUUAACAAACAAGAAACAGCUGAAAGAUUUGGAAAAGAACAAGUCCAUGAAUGGAGACGAAGCUAUGAUGUUCCUCCUCCAAAUGGGGAGAGUCUAGAAAUGUGUGCUGAAAGAGCUGUUGCAUAUUUCAAAGAAAAUAUUGAGCCUCAACUACAUAGUGGGAAGAACAUAAUGAUUGCUGCUCAUGGAAACUCACUGCGGUCUAUUAUUAUGUAUCUUGACAAGUUGACUUCACAAGAGGUCAUAAGUCUUGAGCUAUCAACUGGCAUCCCCAUGCUUUAUAUAUUUAAGGAAGGCAAGUUCAUAAGGAGAGGGAGUCCAGUUGGACCAACUGAGGCUGGAGUUUAUGCUUACACGAGGAAUUUGGCUCUCUACAGGCAGAAGUUAGAUACUAUGGCACACUAAUAUUAAACAGUUAUUUUCAUCAACAUUAUUUAUUUGCUAUAUGGGGUCUACCAUGCCAUGCAAACAUUCUGGAACCCUGGCGGGAAUGUGUCCAUCCUUCUUUCUCCCCAGUUUUAGUGGGCUUGUCUUUGCCUUUAUAUGGAAGUGUUCAUGAUAUGUAAAAUGGCGGUUUUUAUUCAAGGGACAGAACCGACCUGUUUUUUGUCUCAGCUUUUGUACUGUACACAAAAUUAUUUAUUAUAUUGGAUAUAAUAGAAUCGUUUUCAUUAUC